GGCUCAUCAAGCAACGUUUUCCACCUCCCAAAUGAAUUCUCCAACUCACCUCAACUCACUUUCAGCCCAACAUGCCCCAAGUGGUGGGGUGGUGGUGCUAGUGGUCCCCUUCCCUGCGGCGAGCCACCUCAACCAGCUGCUCAACUUUGCCCGCGUGCUCGCGGAGCAUGGCCUUCCGGUGGUGUUCGCUUGCUCAGAGACCCACGCAAGACAGACCACUCACCGCUCCGGUGGCUUCAAUUGCGCCUCCAACCCGAACCUUCGGUUUCACAUCCUCCCCUUCCCGUCAUUUCCUGCUUUACUUCCAGACCCAGAGUCCUCUAACAAGUUCCCAGGCCACCUCCAGCCCCUAUUUGAUGCCACUGAGCACCUCCUUUCUCCACUUACUACCCUGGUGCACGAACUCGCAAGCAUUCAUCGUCGGGUAGCAGUAAUCCAUGAUGCGCUCAUGUCCGUGGCCGCUGGUGCAGCAGUUGAGUGCCUGAAUGCCGAGGCGUACAGCUACAAUUGUGGCAGCACGUGUGCAACCAUAUGCUUCCAGAGAGAAGCAGAGGGCCAACAGGAGCCCAUCGUGCCGGGCCUGCCUCCUCCUUCGUUUCGUGGAUGUGUAAAUGACAGCUUCAUCGACUUCUUGCCACGGGCUGUGAAGUUCCGGCACCUUGACAGGGGGGUGUUCUUCAAUUCCUUCCAUGCCAUUGAGGGCCAAUUCCUGAGCAGGAUCGCAAGUAGCCAUGUGUGGGCAAUAGGGCCGACGGUCCUUUUGCAGAAGAAGCCUCAAGAGCCUCCUCACAAGCUCCAUGAAUGCAUGCAAUGGUUGGACAAGCAAGCACCACGGUCCGUUCUGUACGUCUCGUUUGGCACCGUGGUCUCAAUGAGUGCAGCAGAGGUGAGGGAGCUAGCACAAGGGUUGGAGGCCAGUGGGCAGCCCUUCCUUUGGGUGCUAAGAUACGCCGACAAAGGGGAUAUAUUCGCCGGAAGAGAGGCGGACAGUCCCCGGGGGCUACCAGAUGGGUACGAGGAGAGGGUCCAAGGGAGGGGGUUGAUAGUGAGGGACUGGGCACCCCAAUUGGAGAUACUACAUCACCCCUCGACAGGCGGGUUCUUGACGCACUGCGGGUGGAACUCGUGCAUGGAGAGCAUCGCCAUGGGAGUUCCAAUGGUGGCAUGGCCCAUGCACUCGGACCAGCCGGUGAAUGCACAGCUUGUUACGGGGGUGCUCGGGGUGGGGGUGGCGGUGGGGGAGUGGCACGAGAGGGACGACAUUGUUAGGGCAGAGAGUGUGGAGAGGGCGGUGAGGAAGCUGAUGGCGUCGGAAGAGGGGGCGGAGAUGGGGAGGAAGGCGGCGGAGCUGAGGGACGCCGCCCAACAGGCUGUCGGGGAGGGUGGGACGUCUGGUGCCGCCCUCGAUACCUUUCUCGCACUCAUCUCUCGGCCAUAGAUAAUGCGUUUACGACGAAUAAAUGCAGGCUCCUGGAAUGGUUAAUCUCACAUGCUUUAAAAAAGUAUUGUUUGUUUUAUGCUUUUAGUGGAGCGGAUAUGGGUCUACGCACGUGUUGGUUCCCUAUCCGCAGUCCAUGAAAGAUCUAUUGUUGUUUCGUUGUAUGUGCAACUGAUAGCUUGGAUAUUAUCACCAAAAAAACAAAUAUAUAAAGUUAGUUAUGAAACCUAUAAAUAGAAACGAAGAUUUCUCUG